AUGCCGAAACCGAAGAUAGCGAUCGUCUACUACUCGAUGUACGGCCACGUCCGCACGCUCGCGCUCGCGGAGAAGGAGGGCCUCGAGGCCGCCGGCUGCGAGGUGACCCUGCUCAAGGUUCCCGAAACGCUCUCGGACGAGGUCCUCGGAAAGAUGGGGGCGCCGGGCGUCGGCCAGGCUGACGAGGAGGCGUCCGCGGCCAAGCUCGCCGACUACGACGGCUUCCUCUUCGGCCUCUCCGCGCGCUUCGGCAUGGCGUCGGCCCAGGUCAAGGCCCUCCUCGACUCGACGGGGGGUUUGUGGCAAAGUGGAGCGCUCGUCGGCAAGCCCGCCGGCGUCUUCUUCUCCACGGGCACCCAGAACGGCGGCCAGGAGACGACGGCGCUCACCUUCGUCACGCAGCUCGCGCACCACGGCAUGGUCUUCGUGCCCCUCGGCUACUCCACGCCCAAGCUCUUCGACCUGUCCGCCCCCCACGGCGGCUCGCCCUACGGCGCGGGCACGCUGGCCGGCCCCGACGGCUCGCGCCAGCCGUCCGCGCUCGAGAAGGACAUCGCCGAGGCCCACGGCAAGCACUUCGGCACGAUCGCCGCCAAGCUCGCGAAGUGA